UUAAGAACUACAAAUGAACUCAUAUUUUAGAGCAGUGAUUUAUUUUAGACAAAGCAAAUUUUACAUAUAAAAUAGCCAGCGGCGACAUUGCGCAUGCGCCAUACGCAGCAUGGACGUGAAGGGCUGUGUAAGUGUAAGAACAGUACGUGCUUUCACGGCAGAGUCUCCAAAAGUCUGAAGUAAAACCAGAAAAAGUCGCUAGAUUUGUCACUAGUCGCUUUUUUUUUUAAAGGAUUAUCUAAAGGGGUCUUAAAACUUGCAAAAAUAUAGCGACAAAGUCGUUAAGUUUGCAGCACUUGAGUUGGUCUGCAAUCAUUUGAAAGUGAAACCAAAGUCUAUAAAAAAAUAAAAGUGUCGGCACAGUCCCAACGCAGUAUCACACUGACCAGAGCCACACAAAGGUAUCUGGACAAAAGCUAUGGGGGGAGCGUUUUUCAGUCAGCCAUGGAGGACUGUGCCAAAUACAAAUCAGGAAAACCUUGAUUUUAUGGGAAAUUACAAACCUCAUAACUAUGAAGCCACCCACCUCAGGAUUCUGCUUCAUGGACCCGUUGGUGCCGGCAAGUCCAGCUUCAUCAACUCUGUUGACAGUGUUUUAAAAGGCAGAAUUACCAGUCAAGCUCCGACAGAUGCAACAUCUGGGGGCAGCUUCACAAUGCGGUACAAAACGUACAAAAUCCGCCAAGACAAUGGGGGCAUGUACUCCUUCGUAUUGAAUGACCUCAUGGGGUUGGAGGAACGAGCUAACACUGGAGUUCAUAUGGAAGACCUCAAACUGGCCCUGAGCGGACAUGUGAGAGAAGGUUACCAGUUCAAUCCUAAAGUCAGAAUGCAGAAGGGUGAUCAAUUUUACAACCCAUCUCCCACUCUGAAUGACAGAGUUCACGUCCUGGUUUCUGUCAUUCCUGCUGCCUCAAUAUCUUUGUUAAGUCAGGAAGUUGCCAAGAAGAUGAGAGAUGUCAGACUUGCAGCCAGUGAAAUGGGGAUUCCCCAGAUGGCUAUUCUCACCAAAGUCGAUGAAGCCUGUCCUCAGGUGCCAAAAGACAUCAGCAAUGUCUAUAAGAGCAAGUACCUGAAGGAACAGGUUGACAAAUACAGCGAAAUCCUGGGACUUCCCUUGAACUGCAUCUUUCUUGUGAAGAACUACGAAACAGAUAUCAGCACGAAUGAAGGGAUUGAUGCACUGAUACUGUGUGCACUGAGACAGAUGAUCAGCUUUGGAGAAGACUAUCUCAACAACCUACUAAUUGCUGAUGAUAUGCCAUGAGUAACUGUAAAUGAAAACAGUUCUGACAGAAUAUUGAGAUUGUUUAUUUUACUUACUUAGAAUUCACACAAUUUGUUGUCUUCUGGCUAAACAUCUGCUGUUCUGACAGCAGUUUCAAAGCUAAACUGAGUCAUGAAGCGGCCUGCAUAAACAGCUGAUACAUUUGUGGGAGUAAUUUAACGUCUGUCCAUCAGAGGGCAUGGCAGAGUGCAACUAGAGGGGCCUUUCAAUAAAAGUGAAAUGUUUCUCCUCCUGGAUAAUUAUGUAUAAUCGAUAAUAAUUAUUAUUUUACCCCACACUCUUUGUCUGAUUAUGUAUAUACUUAGGUCUGUAUCUCUUUUUUCAUGUAUUAUUUCUUUUUUUUAAUAACUGUACUUUAUGCUUCUUAUGUACACUGGCUUCACUUGCAUCUCAGUUGCAUUUGCUGACUUUGUUUCACCUGAAUUAUUAGAAUAGUGUUAUUUUCUCAUGAAAGGGUUAAAGUAAGACUGAGCAGCUUUUUUGUUAUUAGUACACUUUAUAAUUUUGUAAGUGCAACACAGUGUGCAAAUAAUCUCACAUUGUCGGCAUGACGUGACGUCAUCACGUGAUAUGGUCAACAACUCAGCUGUUGUGAUGGUGCCUUCAGGUACCGUCGAAAACAGGGCACUUGCAAGGAUGAAAAAAAUGUUACUCAAUAGAGAGGGGAAGUUCGUGAUUUCCCAUCACCGCCAAGGUGACAAGAUAUACAUAGAGCACAACAUAUGACAUAGGUAUAUUCGAGUGUAUUUGAAUGCGUCGCAAAUAAACACCCUAGACUGUGA